AUGGUACAUGUCUACUCUACGUAUGUGCGUAAUGCGGUAAGCCUAUCAGUAUGCAACAAGCCAAUGAUCCUGGGGUUGUUUGAUACUGCAGGUCAGGAAGAUUAUGAUCGUCUAAGAGUUCUUGCAUACCCGGAUACUGACGUAUUUGUUGUCUGUUACUCGGUUAUGGGUCCAACAUCUUUCGAAAACGUCGAAGAAAAAUGGGCACCAGAAAUCCGCCAUUACAGGGAGACAACUCCAUUCAUACUUGUUGGCAUGCAAGUUGACCUAAGAGACAAUUUUUAUGAAAUUCAGAGACUGCAGAAAAAUCGACAGAAACCAGUGACCUACGAGAUGGGAUUGCGGAUGGCCAAUCGGAUAGGUGCAAACUGUUACGUUGAAUGUUCGGCUUUGACGCAGAAAGGACUUAAAGCCGUAUUCGACAAUGCGAUACUAGCGGUUAUAAGUCCACAGCCAGUAUCAAGACCGAAAAGAAGAAAAACAACAUAUAUGUGUCGGAUCUUGUGA